AAGAGCCGCAGGCCCCUCUCAUAAAUGAUCUGAAUCAACAGAUUAGUUUUCGAUUCAAUUUUCUGUACGAAAAAUGGCGGCGUCUUCAAAAAAAUCGAACGGACCGGUUUUACCGAUCCGGUCGUGUUUUCAACACUCUCUCUCGCCGCCGUCGGGCCGAUUCUCUUCGGCCGCCGGUAUCGGAGACAAGACGGGGUUCGCUUCGUCGACUAGCUCAAGCUUUUGUUCGUCUCCGGCGAACGGUUUUAUGAACCGGUCAACAAAUACGGGUUUCUUGCACCGGUCGACUUCUCCGACGCGUGUGAGCCUUCACGGCUUCGCGCCUCUUGCUCCUGUUCCGUCUGUGCGGUUCUCAAUAGGCAGAUCUCUCUCGCCGCACCGGUCUAUGGCGAUUUCGUCGCGUGAUCAGGUGUUCCACAAGCAGAAUGGUGGAAAUACGCUGUCGAAUCUGCCGAAGAAGACGUGUUUGUGUGCUCCGACGACGCAUCCAGGAUCGUUUCGGUGUAGUUUGCACAAGAAGGUGAACAACACGGCGCAGGCGUCGUACUUCCCCAGCCGGCUGAAUGCUCGAAGGUCCGCCAUGACCAACUCGCUCGUGCGCAUCGGUACUGUGGAAGGAGAUCUCGUGAAGCGAGCUUUGGCGGCUCUGAUUCGACCUUCGUCGCAUCAGCAGAGGCGCCGGUCCGAUUUCCAGCCUAGGCCAAGCCGGCUCUCGAAGAUGUCGAAAACAGAUGAACAAUGAGUUUUGUCAUUCAUUUUGCAGGUUAAUGGACUGGCAGUGCUACGUGGAAAAUUUGCACUUCCGGUGAAGAGUUUCCCGCCGAUGAUUAUUCCGGCUGCGGCUAUAUUACUCCGGUGAAGCAAAACAGAUGCAAUUUAGAUGUUGACGGGGAUAAUGAAAUUUUCCCUUUGUAGAUAGAAUUUGCACCUAACCACUUGCGAUCGAAGGGGCAUUAUGGACAAUUAAUAGUAAUCAUACUCAUUUUUUGUGGCAAAAAUAACAAAAAUCACUUGAAUUUUCGAGAGGAAUGAGUUGGGUGUUUGAUAGUGGCCUAUAACUUACCCGAUCCGACCCGUUUAGAACGCCGUUACUGGUUGACACGUAUUGCCCGUUGCGUACGCGUUUUCUUCGCCGUAAUCUUUGGACGGUUUGACUUUAGGUGAUGUGAAUAAAAGGAGUAUCUUCAGGACCAAGUCUUUUGGUAGCGGAAUCGAUUAUCGAUAUUUGUAAAGACAAAAAGGAAAUAGAGGACUUGGAUUUUUACAGCAAAAGUGGCCACAAACGGUGUA